AUGUCGUUGAAUCAACUAAGACCAAUUGCUCAAGCGGAACUUGAGACUGGAACCACUAAUCGGCCACCAAAGUUGAAAGGUGCUGAAGACUUUAGCACCUGGAAGACUCGCAUUCAAUCGUUCUUCGAGUACACGGACUACAAUCUGUGGCUCUUUGUCACAGCUAGACCCCACAUUCCAACUGUUGUUCGAGGAGAUGCGGUAGUUGCCAACAAUGAUGCAACUACCUUUACUGAUGAAGACAAGGCCCUAAUCCAACGAAAUGAAGAGUUGAUCGAAAGCAAGAGAGAUAUGGUGCAGAAACAAUAUGACAUGUUCUGUGGAGUUCGUGGAGAAAGUCUUUCUGACCACAUCAGUCGUUUUCUGAUGAUGACCAAAAUGAAGAAGGCGGGAAAUCCUGUCAUAAAUCGUGCUGCAAUAAAGAAGCUGCUAGAUUCACUCCCCAAGGAAUGGAGCCUACAAUGCAUGAUGAUCAAGAAGGAUUUCCUCAACAAUCCAAAUCCUGUCACUCUGUCCGACCUGAUCAACACCCUAAGAGCCUUUGAAAUGGAUGUCAACAAAAGAGAAAUGAACACUGCUGGUUACCCACCAAAGUCAACACAAACCACCGCUGGUUUAAAAAAUGUGGCAUUUCUUGCUUCAGGGGGUAUCACUCCACAAGCUUCUGACUUAAUAUAUGCAAACGCUUCCGCAAGCGCAUCAAAAGCUCCACAACUUGUUGAGAAGACUAUCACUGUUAACACUCAAGCGUUGAAAGUGUCCACUGAAAACGUGGCACUUUUCAACACAUUUCUGAGCAGCUAUGAAGCCCUGAUGUCUGGGGAACUAAAAAGGGAGAUGUUCACUGCUGAAGACAUGUAUCAGCGUUUGGGUCUUGGAAAAGCUGGCUUUGACAAAUCUAAACUUAGGUGCUACAACUGCAAGAAUCUAGGACACUUCAAGCGUGAUUGUCCUCUGUUGAAAGAAGGAAACAGUAAAACCACUCCUGCUGUAAAGCAAAUCACAGUUGAAGAGAAUAAGAACAACGCGUCUCCUAGCACGCCAAAAGCUUUAGUCGUCGAAGACUAUGAUUGGAGUGAAGAAAUUACUGAAGCAAAGGAGCAAGUCAACAAAGCUCUGAUGGCCAAGAUCUCAGGUGAAUCCUCAUCAAGACAAUUUGAAAAGCAGACUGCUGGAAUUCCAAAAGCAGACAAUACUGCUGACAAAGAUUUGAAAAGCAUUCUGACCUCAGUGGAGCCUGAAAAUGAAAAGAAGUGUGGUCAAGCAGAGGAGCAUGUUUCGAAAGAGGCAUCUGAGAAGGGCAAGGAAAAGGUCCCAGCAGCCGCCAUGAAAGCAGAUUCAUCAAAGGAGAAGGCUGGCAAGGACUUGGUAAACAGUAUUCCACUUAGUUUCAAAGAAAAAUUAUGCACACCUGCAUGUGUUGAUGUCAUGGCACAUUACAAAUUCUUAAAUCUAGAAUUUGAAAGACAAAAGGACAAAGCUUUAAAAUUUAACAACGAGCUUAAAUAG